AUGAAGGCGACUCGCAUGUGUAGCGAUUGUCGACCUCCAAGCACGUUUGCGAGCUCGAUGUCGGCGCAAGGACCCUUCUUUGUUGCCUUCCCCAACCUCGCCGAGGCGCUCAAGAACAACACUGCCAUCCGAACAAAUGCAAGGAGUUGCACCAUCUUGCCCAACUUUGUAGGGCUCAAGUUCCUCGUACAUAACGGAAAGCACCACAUCUCUCUCACAGUGACCGAAGAGAUGGUGGGGCACAAGCUCGGAGAAUUUGCGCCAACUCGCAAACCAUUCCGAUACAGGCUCACCAAGAACAAGUGA